AUGCCAGACGAGCAUGACAAGCAGCAAAGGGCCAGCGACAGCGGAGCGCGACUUCUUUGCAGCGUAUUACGCCAGAAAUUGCACACGGAUCAUCCAACGGGUCUCUUUCGCGCAAAUCUCGCUUUUGGCCACGUUGGUCCAAUGGCGUCUUCCCGGUUUCCCACUGACUAG